AUGGGCCAAAUUAUUGGCCAAGAAUGCCACGCAAAGAACGUCGGUCUUCUACUCGGGCCAACAAUCAAUCUACAUCGGUCGCCUUUAGGGGGCAGGAACUUUGAGGCGUAUUCUGAAGACCCGACCUUGUCAGGGCUCUUGGGCGCAGCUUUUGUGAAUGGAGUCCAAUCGCAGGGAGUUUCGGCAUGCCCAAAGCAUUUCGUUGGCAAUGAGUGUGAGACCAACCGGAAGACUUCGAACACGAGAGUAGACGAGAAGACACUCCGAGAGCUUUAUGCAUACGCUUUUCAGGUCCUGUUGAAGAACUCAAAGCCUUGGGCAAUCAUGACCUCGUAUAAUCUCGUCAAUGAUGUUUUCAUGUCAGAGAAUACAGGCCUCUUGCAAGACAUUCUCCGGAAGGAGUGGGGGUUCAAGGGCGCGAUCGUUUCCGACUUCGAGGGCGUUUACUCAACAGUUCCUUCGGUGCUGGCAGGCGUCGCUCUUGAACUUCCAGGCCCUGCUCGCUUCAGGGGAGAGCAUCUUCUAACAGCUGUCCAAGAUGGCCAGAUCCCAGAGUCUCAGAUCGACUCUCUGGUGAAGGAUGUGGUGACUCUUGCAUCAAAUGUCGGACGAGAAGAGGAUGGGAAACGAGAGGCAGAUAUCCCCAGGGAUGAAGAUACCGCGGCGCUUCUGCGUGAAAUCGCGACCCAGGGAAUUGUCUUACUCAAAAACGAAGCAAACACACUUCCAAUCUUGCCGAGAAACAACCUCAAGAUUGCAGUCUUUGGCGCUCCAGCAUUCACGCCAGUCAUCCAUGGAGGUGGUAGCGCAUCGUUGACUCCGUCCUAUGUGGUUUCUCCUCUGGAUGCGCUCGAAAGAAGAUUCGGGAAAGACAACAUCCACUACCACACUGGAGUUCCCAUCUUCAAAAAGAUUCCAUCUGCUCCAUUGUCGUUGAUGACAACAAGUGAUGGAGCGCCUGGGGUGGACUGCUAUUGGUACAAUGGAUGGACAGUCGGGACAAACAAAAUCUAUCACGAAGUCCUAGAAGCCACACAGACUUUGGUGAUCGACUCUCGAAUCUCCGAGCUGGCUCCUAAGCACUGCAGCCGAAUGAGCUUUGUCCUUCGUCCCGAGACAACGGGCGUUCACGCCUUCGGAGUGACAGCCUGCGGGGAGAGUAUCCUUCGUGUGAACGGUGAUGUGAUCUUGAAACAUAGUGGAUUCAAGGAUUGCCGAGUCGAAUAUGUCAUGCAGCCUGGAGACUACGAGAUUCGAGCAAAUCUCGACAUGGAGGCUGGCCGAGCGUAUCAUGUCACAGUUGAUACUCUGUCGACAGUGGCUCCGGUCCCGUCGCCAAUUUUCAAGAUUACACCCCAGGCUACGCGAGUGGGAUUCUAUGAGAAUCUCGACAGUCCCAUUGGCGAAGAUAUAUUGCAGCUCGCGACUAACAGUGAUGUUUCGAUUAUCUUCACCGCAAACAACAAAGAAUUCGAAUCUGAAUCGUUUGACCGCUCAUCAAUGUCGCUGUCUCCUCUGCAGGAUGAAUUAAUCCGAAUGGUGGCCAGUGCAGCGCCAAAAUCUGUCUUGGUGAACCAAACUGGCUCUCCUAUUUCUAUGCCGUGGAUUGAAGAUAUCGAUGCUAUGCUUCAGUGUUGGUAUGCCGGUCAGGAAGUGGGCAGUGCACUAGCAGACAUCAUCAGCGGUGACGUGAGUCCUUCGGGGAAGCUUCCUACUACAUUCCCCCAUUGUAUCGAGGAUUCCCCCUCAUUUGGCAACUUCCCAACGGAUCCCGAUAUGAAUAUUCGAUAUGAAGAGGGACUGGAAAUGGGAUAUCGUGCUCGCAACAAGCCCCUUCCGCUAUUUCCUUUUGGGUUUGGGCUUUCAUAUACCCAGUUUCAGUUCUCUGAAAUAUUCCUCAAAUCUCUGUCGGGUAAAUCGCCUGUUGACGUUGUUCUUGCAGCUACUGCCACGAAUGUUGGACCUGUGGCUGGACGAAACGUAGUGCAGAUCUACGUUGAUGGCGUCUUGAAGGGCUUUGAAGGAGUGAUGCUCAGCCCAGGGGAAAGCAAAGUUGUUGAAAUACCUUUGGACAAGUAUGCCUUUAGCGAGUGGGAAUCUGGGCAGAAAUCAUGGGUGGUGAAGACCCGGGACUAUGUGAUUGACGUACGUCAGGACGCAAAUACGGUAGUUUCAUCGGUUACCCACACUGUCAACGAGCAAAUCGCUUGGAACGGGCUUUGA